AUGGUUAAUCUCGAGCAAGACUUUUCAAGCAAAUCUCAGCUAGAUAUGACCUCCUCCCAAAGGUUGUUCCAAACCACGGCGUCUGAGGCAUUACAUUCUGGCCUUCGAUCGAUCGCUUUCUUAAUAGGCCAUUUAGGAACUGAAAGGCGUGGUGCAAUGUUGCCUUGGCGUUCCAAGCACAUACAUGUACAUUCAAAAUCUAGACUGUACUGGAACACCCAGCGGGAUGGCAAACCCAACUACGACAUAAUGGGUAAUUGGGGUUUUGUUAACUCGGGCUGA